UUAAUAAAUAUUUUAUGUCUAUUCCUAUUAUUUUUGGUUUGGGGGUUCUUAUUGAUACGUGUCUGAAGGAUAUUGGCUUUCGAAGUUUGUUAAAUUCCUUGUAUGAUAAUAUGAUUAUCAGUGUUUUAAAUAUCGACCAACAUAUCGGACAUGUCGGCCGAUAUAGCGGAUUGAGGUGUCGAGCGACACAAAUAUGGGAAAUACAAGUCGCAUAUCGUUUUUCGGCGACAUAUCGGUCAUAUCGGCAAAAAAUCGGACAUAUCGGCCGAUUUUCCUGUUUGGAAAAUCGACCGAGAUUUAUAAAAAUCGGUUCAGCUUAUUGGGUUUGGUUUGGGUUUGGGUCGAUGACUUGCCCUCUUUUUGAACCCGAUAGACACCCCAACGACCGAUAUACACUCGAUCAAAAGAAAAAAAAGGAGAAAAACACCCGAUCAAAAGAAAAAAGGAGAAAAACCCUAGUUUUCGCUUGCAACUGGGAACCAGCAGCCUCCUCUCGUCGUUUUGCCUUCGUGGUCUCAACAACAGCAAAAACCCUAAGCCUUCGUGGUCAGAAAUUCGAAGCUCCUCUUUCUUCUGCGCCAUCGGAGCCGCCUCAUCAUCUGUUUUUUCCCCGUGCCGCCACCAUCGAAGCUCCUUUGGUAAGCCUCUCUGACCUCUCUCUCUCUUUCUCUCUCUCUCAAAGAUAAAGAAAACAUAGAUGAUUCUCUGAUUCUGACUCUUCAUGGCCUCUCUGAAGUCUGACCUCUCUCUCUCUCUCUUUUUCUCUCUCUCUUUCUCUAUUUUCGAACCCGAUAGACUCUGUUUUGGGAUGCAUCUAAGGUUUUUAACUUUCCCUUUUUUCUUUUUACUCUUCUUUCUUUUCCUAAAUUAUUAUCAUAAGUUUCUAUUUGUAUCUUGGAGCAAAUUGUGGACAAAAAGUAAUUAAAUAAUUCUUUUGGAUUAAAAGUAAAAUUAUCUUGUUAGAGUUUUUUAUUUUUCAGGAUGAAUCCUUUAUUUUUAUUUAUUUUAUUUUUCAGAGAUAGAUAACUCCCCUUUGAGUUUUUAAAUGAUGGGAAUGCUUGUAUAAAUAUUUGUUUAUAUCUUUACAUUUUAGCUCUAACUUGAUUUUUUAGUAAUCCUCGGAAUAUGAAAGAUUCAACUCUAGUAAUAAUCCUUGUUUAAUUAAUAUGAUGGGAAUGCUUGCAUAAAUAUUUUUUAUGUCUUUACAUUUUAGCUCUAAUCUUGUUUAAUUAAUAUGAAAGAUUCAAUGUCUUAAUUUUUAGUAAUCCUCGUAAUAAUCCUUGUUUAUCAUUUAAUAUCCUUGAUUUCUCGUAAUAAUCCAUGUUUAUCAUCUUUGUGGAUCUUUACAACUCUGGUAGCAACUCUUUGGAUAAUUUUUACAGUCUGGUAGCAACUCUGUGGAUCUUUACAGUCUGGUAGCAACUCUGUGGAUAAUUUUUACAGUCUGGUAGCAACUCUGUGGAUCUUUACAGUCUGGUAGCAACUCUGUGGAUAAAGAGUUUCUUCUUUUCUUCUGUGGAUCUUUACAAUCUGGUAGCAAAUCUGUGGAUAAUUUUUUUCUGUUUGCACUUUGCACAUUCAGUUUGUGUGACUGUUGAGUGGUGACUGCUGACUAAGAGGACUUGUUUCUCAAAAUCAGGUAAGCCUCCUUGAAUUUUUUCCCCUGUCAAAUAAAAUUAAUUUUUAGUUAGUAAUUGAAUUAUAAAUAUGUUGUCUAAAUCUGUAUUUGUCUUAUUUUGUAGAAUCAUGACGUCUGAAGGACAAGGAUCUACUAGACCGCCAACAACAUCAAAACCGGACGGUAAAGAUCCAUAUUGGCUAAAUGUGGAGAGAGUUGAUUCUGAUACAAGUAAAGUUAAAUGCAAAUAUUGCACUCAAAUUCUCAAUGGCGGGAUUAGCCGAUUCAAACAACACCUAGCCGAAAAAAGGGGAAAUUGUGCGUCGUGUGUGAAAGUACCCGAUGAUGUUAAGGCGAAAGUUUCUAAAAUUUUAGAUAAUGUAAAGAAGAGUAAGGAUGAAAAGGAGAUGAAGAUGCAUAACUUGUUGAGUGAGGUGUAUAUUGGGGAGGAUGAGGAGGAGCAAAACUCUAUCUCAUUGAAUAGUCAAAGAAGCUCAUCAUCCUCCCACAAGGUAAUUGGACCAAUGGACUCCUUCGUCGCUCGUUCUCCCGAGGAGAUAGCCCAAAUGGUAGCAAAGGGGAAACAACCAACGAUGGACUCCAAACUUAAAAAGAAGAAAAGGGAGGAUGUAUUGCGAUACGUCUCCAAAUGGUUCUAUGAAGCCGGCAUUCCAUUUCAUACCGUCACGCUUCCCUCUUUCCAUCAAAUGCUACAAGCUAUUGGCUUGUUUGGAAGUCAUUUGCAAGCUCCAUCCAUGUAUGAACUGAGUGAGACAUGUUUGCAAAAAGAAGUUGAAGAGACAAAAGAAAUUGUUAAAAACUUUAAAAGGACUUGUGUUGUCAAUGGUUGCUCGAUAAUGACCGAUGCAUGGAGUGAUCGGAAGUCUAGAAGCAUCAUGAACAUAGUUGUACAUUCUGCUGGGAGAGCUUGUUUUUUAUCUUCACAUGAUGCAUCGGCUGAUAAGCACGAUGCUAAGUAUAUCUUUGAUUUUGUAGACAAGGCUAUUGAUCAGAUAGGGGAGGCAAAUGUGAUACAGAUAGUCACUGAUGGAGCUUCAAACAAUAUGACGGCUUCUAAGUUAUUGCUUGAGAAGAGGUCAAAUAUAUUUUGGACGACUUGUGCUGCACACACGGUGAACUUGAUGUUGUGCGAUAUAACUAAGAUAAAACACAUUCGUAAUGCCAUUUUAAUGGGGAGUGUAUCAGUGUUCAUAUAUAAUCACACCAAGCCUCUUCAAUUAUUUAGGGAGUUCACUAAGAGUGAUCUUGUGAGACCGGGAGUUACGAGGUUUGCUACGGCGUUCCUUUCUCUAUAGUCAUUAAGAGAUCAUAAGAAAGAGAUGAGGCAAAUGUUUAUCUCUGACCAAUAGACAGAUUGUAGCCUUUCAAGAACAUCAGUGGGUAAAAAGGUAUAUUUUAAAUUAAAAUUUCAAUUGCAUUAAUUUUAUUCAUUUGAUCAUUUAUAUUUUAUUGAUUGGAUUUAUUUGUAUGUUUGUAGGUUGCGGAGAUUAUUGCUAGCAACAAGUUUUGGGAUAAUAUAG